AAUUACUAUUUAAGUACUACCUAUUUCAAAUCUCACUUCCAAGACUAUAGCUUCUUCAACUUUGCAGCCGCCUGCUUCACCUCAUCCUCUCUGCAAACCAGAUUAUUAUCCAACAGUCAAAAAUGUCAGGUGAGGAGGGUGCCGUUGCCGUUGAGACACCAGCUCAGCCACUCGGCGAGGCUAUGGACUUAAUGACUGCAUUGCAGUUAGUUCUAAGAAAAUCAUUGGCUCACGGUGGUCUUGCUCGAGGUCUUCAUGAAGGCGCGAAAGUGAUUGAAAAGCAUGCUGCUCAGCUUUGUGUAUUGGCUGAGGACUGUAACCAGCCUGACUAUGUUAAGCUUGUCAAAGGCCUUUGUGCUGACCAUGGUGUUGGCCUCUUAACUGUUCCUAGUGCUAAGACUCUUGGCGAGUGGGCUGGGUUGUGCAAGAUUGAUUCUGAGGGUAAGGCCCGGAAGGUAGUUGGUUGCUCCUGCGUCGUAGUUAAGGAUUAUGGCGAGGAGACUGAAGGUCUUAAUGUUGUUCAGCAACACAUCAAAUCUCACUGAGUAGCUGUCAAAUUUGAUUUAUUGGGAUCUUAAUGGAAGAGUAUUUGUAGAGACCUUUGUUGUUUUCAUGAUACCAGAAUUUUUGAGUGUUUGCUAUCUGCAGUUACUUUUGAUUGAGUUGUUUCUUAUUAGUAGAACGUCAUUCUUGAUGUAUGACAAUGCGGAAUCAGCAACAUUUUGACAUUUUGUGAAAUUAAAGUUGUGCUUAGCAUUUUAACCUUGACAA